UGCAGUUUGCAUUGGGCAAACACUAGCAGAGUGUUUCAGCCUAGCUGAAUUACCCCUUGGAUAAGGCUUUUCUCCUGCCAGAAAUUGGUUUGUGCUGCCACUUUAUUCCUUCCAGGUUCUGGAACAAUUUCUGUUAUUUUCCAUGCCUUGACAGAUUUAUCUUUGGUUUGGUGAAACAAAUGCAGUUGUCCUAUAACCAGACUUGUUCCCUUAUCCAUGGGAACACAAAGGAUUGAUCUUUUCUCUUGACAUGGGAUGAUAACAAUGAGUAAUGGAAGAGAGAGGUGGAAAUAUCUUGACUACUGCACAAACUGCACAAACCCUAACAUUGCUUGUGACUGGAGGUGUAGCAUUCAGGGACAGAUAUAACAGCAUCGGUGCAAGAUGCAGACAGCUAAGUUAUCCAGGAGAGGGGGAAGAACAUCUACGGUAGGAGCCCAUGGAGGUAACUUUUGAUCUGUGUGAGAGGAGUGAAGGGAAGAAAUAAGAGCCAGCCAUGUGGAUUUUUAUGGUAAUUAUCUUCACAUCUCUGGAGCUAACGCAGAUUGGAGCUUUCAUUUCAUCAUGUGAAAUCAAAAAAAUCAUGAGGAUGGAAAAAGAACUCUGCACCUCGGCACUUGCCCAGGAAGAAGCAAACAGAACAGCUGGAAAUGAAUUACUCAGGAAUUCAGGCAGAUGCCUUGGCAUGUGGGAUAAUCUUACUUGUUGGCUGUCUUCUCCCAUCGGACAAACUGUUAGUGCACCCUGUCCCCGAGCCUUUCAAAUAGUCACAGGACAAACAGGGUUUAUGUAUCGUAAUUGCACCAGGGAAGGCUGGUCAGAAAAAUAUCCCAAACCAUAUAUUGCUUGUGGCUUAAAUGCCAAACAACUUAAUGCCCCUAUAACUGAGUGGGAAUCUAAGGUAUCUUAUCUAAUGAAAUUGGAGACCGUGUACACUAUUGGAAGCAGCAUUUCCCUCAUAGCUCUGACAGCAGCCUUGGGCAUCUUAGCUUCUUUCCGGAAACUCCGCUGUACAAGGAAUUACAUCCAUAUACAGCUUUUUGCUUCUUUCAUCUUAAGGGUGACUGCAAACUUUAUCAAAGAUCCUAUACUGUCAGAGGACACGGAUGAUGCUGUGUACUGUGAAUUACACACAGGCAGGUGCAAGAUGAUCAUAGCCUUUGUUAACUUCUGCAUCAUGGCAAAUUAUAGUUGGCUUCUUGUAGAAGGGCUUUAUCUCCACAGCCUGCUGGCCAUUUCUUUCUUCUCCGACAGAAAGUUCUUCUGGUGGUUUGUGGCUCUGGGAUGGGGUGCUCCUAAGUUAUUCGUAAUUGCAUGGGUCAUAGCCAGACUAUUACAUGAAAAUGCUGGAUGCUGGGAUAUGCAUCUUACAUAUGCCCUGUGGCUCAUUCAAGGUCCUGUGGUGGUUUCUAUUGCAGUCAAUUUCAUUCUAUUUGUUAAUAUUGUGCGGAUUCUGAUGAACAAACUUCGAUGGCCAGAUGGAAGAGGCAAAGACUCCAGCCAAUACAAGAGGCUUGCUAAAUCAACACUGGUGCUCAUCCCUCUCUUUGGAGUCCAUUACAUUAUUUUUGCUUUUUUCCCUUUUGAUACCACAAAUGGCACCAUGGAGGUUCAAGCUCUGCUUGAAAAAGCCCUAGGAUCUUUCCAGGGUUUGGCUGUGGCUGUGCUUUACUGUUUUCUUAAUGGAGAGGUCCGGCAGGAGCUUCACAGAAAAUGGUGGCAAUGGCACUUAAAGAAGCAUCUUGGUACUCAUAAGCAUCACAGCUCUUCGUUUCCAAAUGAAGUAAGUGUGCUCACUCAAGUCUUGCAACUGACAAAGCCUGGUCCUCAGGAGGAAAGACGACCUUCUCACCCAAUUCUGAGUAAAUUGUAAAGGUUUCCAGGGCAGACAAGAACAUGCUUAUUACUCAGAGGAAUCUAGAAACUUGCAUUACCUAAUUGGGCAUUGUGGUUCAGGACUUAAAAGCUAGUUGUUAACAAUACCUGGAGUCUGACUUAGGCUAUGGCCCAAACCUUGCUAUCAUAUGGAUUAUUUUGCAAAGAAGAUAUGUGAAAAGUAAUUUCCAAAUGAAAAGCUCAUCCCUCCUAACUUGCUGAUUUUGUUCUUUGGAAUCUUAUCAUUUCAAAAGAGUAUACCCUCUCUUAUCUGUUUGGUUCCUUAUUGAAGUAUGGAUUCUGAACAAUAUUGUCAUUUGGACAUAUGACUCUGACUUAUAAACUGGUUAUAUAUCUUUGGAAAAUGUUGCAUUGUGUGAAUAUGAUAGAGUGUAUGUUUUCUGGCAAAGAGAAAUGAUAUCUCUUUGGUAUGAAGCCCUUUCCCACAAUUGUUCAAAGGAUUUUAUUAGGCGCUAUAUACGAAUUUGCUGUUUAGGAGUCUUGGAAUUCAGUUGCCACAAAGACCUUUAGUACUUUCUCUCUGAGAGCUGAUUGUGACUCUGUCUGACUUGGGGCUGCCACCUGGAAGCCAGGUAUAAACAAUCCACUUGAGGAGAGACUGCUAUGUAUCUUCAAUUCAUCUAAGACAGAAGCUGGAUUAGGAAGAUAACAUAUCUCAAUAAUAAGAAAAGGUUGCUUCUCUCUUUGAUCAGUUUCCAACCAUUGUUUCUUGUCCUGCUCUCUGGUGCUUUGGUGAAUAAUGUGACCCCCUCUUUUUUGUGGCAGCCCCUCAAAUACUGGAAUACUGCUA